ACCUGCACCACCACACGCACCACGCUGACGCUCGCGCGGCCACGCGGUAGGCGCCGGCAGCGACGGUCGACGAUCACCACACAGGCACACACAGCCACGCGAGCGGCGAAACUGCGGGAGCCGCUGCCUAUCAGAAGCUACAGCAAUGCGAUGAUGUCCGCCGUCGCAUCGUCUUUCCCGUCGCGCGGCCACGCGGCCCCGUUCGGCGGCUCGAGGGCACUGCCACCGCCGCCGUCUACGCGGCGCAGCACGUCCCUCCGCCGUCCGCGCGUCUCGGCGCUCGGUGGGGGCCUCGAGGGAGAGGCGGGGAAGAUACUGGAUCCGCGCGCCACGCCGUUCCAGAUCCUCGGCCUCGACGCCACCACCGCCUUCUACUCCGCCGCCCAACUCAAGGCCGCCUUUCGCGCCCGGGUGAAGGAAUUCCAUCCUGAUGUUUGCAAGGACCCAGAAAACGCAGAUUUAAUAAUGAGGCGAGUGAUCGAGGCCUAUCAGGAUGCCCAUAUUCUUGUGUUAAAAGGGCACCUCAUGUGUUUUCAUUUUCAGAUGAUAUUGGUACAGCUCGUGCAAUAUCUCAAGGUAAUGGAGAAGAUGACCUUGUUCAGCUUGCUGUUGGGCAGUGUCCAAGAAAGUGCAUAUACUAUGUGACACCAUGCCAACGCACUAUUUUGGAGGAUGUUCUUGCUAGUGUGUUGAUGCCGCCUUACGAUAUCGCUGAAGCAGCAGUUCUGGAUUCCCUCCUUUCGAAAGCGAAGUUUGAGAAUAACAGGUACAGGAAGCCCAAAAGAGGAGCAAAAUCAUCCUCCGAUUAUGUUGAUUGGAUGUGAUCUGAUCCUGAGGCACAAAGGGGGAUGCCAGUUCAGCCAAGGCAGUUCAGUAGAUUUUUGUUGGUUUUUCUGUUCUCCUUGGUCAGUUGGCAUGACGCAUAGAUGUAUUGUAGUUUACAAAAUAGAAUAUGUUUAUGUGGACAAACUGCUUUGUCUGUGGCAUUGCUGGUAAUUUUCAUUUCAUUUUCUGACAGAGAAGCCGGACCAAGUCAAUACUGUAAACCUCUGGGUAUAAAUGGUCUGGAUUCUUGAUUCCCAUA